UGGGGGGGUCCAUGCGGGACUAAAGAGGCUUUAAACGCGUGACCGGCCUGUAGCUAAUGGUCCAGAGGGAACCCGACCUGUCCGUAGUGAGCGGCCCAGUGGAGGGGGGUCCAUCCGUAGCUCGAGUCCUCCGCGGUCAGGUGAGCCGGGCUCGAGAGCUGCCGGGUCAGAGACACCAAAGCGCCGACGUCUCCCUCCCGACAUGCGCGGUGGACGGGAAACCGGCUGGUGAACAGGUCCUCCCGGGACACGUCGAGUCCUCGGCCCUCCGACAUUAGUGAGACGGCUCCCACCCGGUCCCGGUCCCGGUCCCACGGAUCAGACCCAGACGGUUCAAACACAAAGGAAGAGGAGACCGGCUUCUCUCCGCGGGGGGAGAACCACGAAACCCGGACUGGACCCGCACUGGGACUGGAGUUAGUCCGAGCAGCACGAGCACCUUUCAGACGGGUUGGACUCAGACCCGGUCCGGAACGUUGAGGUUACGCUCCGUGAACAGCAGGACCUCGAACACACCACCGCAAAGAUGGCAGCGGCUUUUGGCGGGAAGUUGCCGGCUCUGAGUCAUGACCCAAAGAGGAAACAGGACGGUUUCGUCAGAGUGAAGAAAAGUGAUCUAGAGAAGUUAACCACAGAAGUCAUGCAGCUGAGGGACUUCCUGCCCAGAGUCCUAAAUGGGGACCUGAUUGAAAUGCUGCAUGAAGCUCGAACUGCUCAGACAGUGAAGGAGCAGCUUGCACAGGAACAAGAACAGCUGCGUCAGCAGUGUCUUCACCUUCAAUCCAGAUUGGCUGCAGUGCAGACUGAGUGUCAGAAAGAAAGAGAGGAGAAGCUGCUGUUGCGUGAGCAGCUGUGGCAGAGCGGAGCAGACAUGCAGCAGCAGGCGGCCUUUUGCUCUGGUCUGGGAUCAGCAGCCUGCGGUCUGCUGUGGAGCUGCUCUGCCAGCGAGGACACGGUCUCACGCUGGCUGGCUGAUGGGAAGCUGCAGUCCUUCCUGCUUGUAGCUGCUCAGACUCUGGAGAGCUUUGUCAGGUCUCUGGAUGAAGAGGCCACAACUCAGACUGAGGACCACAACUCCCAGGAGCACCAGUUUGUGCUGGCUCUGGCUGGAACCAUCACCAACGUCGCAGCAGUAACCUGUGGCCGGGACUUCCUGUCCUGCUCGGCUCACGCCCUGCUGGACACUCUGAUGAGGCUUUUGGAGCUGAUGACGCCCGGUGUCUUCCCCAAACUGAAGGUGUUGAUGCUGAUGGCUCUGUACAACGUCAGCAUCAGUGUUAAAGGACUGAAGUGCAUCAGUGAGAACCCGGGACUCCUGCCUCUCAUCUGGACUCUGCUGGACGAUGGAGACUGGGAGGUGUGUCUCCACUCUCUGCGUCUCCUGCAGUCGGUGUUGUUGGAGGAGGAGGUGCUGAUCCUGCCGGGCUCUUCUCUGCUGGAUCCAGACCUCCAGGCUCGUAUCAGCCGGCUCACCUCCAGUGGGCAGCCCAGCCUGAGACUGGCUGCCCAGCAGACCCUGGAGGACCUGCUGGCCCUCCAACAGAGCAGCGCCUGAUGGAUCCAGCACCGCCAGACCUCUUCCCUUCAUGUUGCCGUAGAUCUGUUCAUCAAGUUCAACCCGUUUAUUGAAGUGUUUUACUUGUACUGGUUUUGUGUUCGCUGGUUCUGACCAACUUAAUGUGAAUCCUGGUUUAUACAAGACGCAUUAAAGAUCACGUUCUCACUUUCA